AUGGACAAGGUUCAAAGUUCUUUCGCCAUUUUAUUUUUGUUUUUAAUGGAAUUCCCACUUCAUUUGUGCUUGCCUUAUGCAGGUUAUAUGCAGUCACAAAGACGCACAAACGUCACCAAAAAGCCUACACUGUACGCUAAGGAAUUUCAAUUAUCUCACGUUCAAGGAGCUUUCUCAAAACACAGAGCACUGAUUCCUCAUAGACCUGCUCUUGUUAAAGUAAUUACAAUUACAUGUAAAGCCGUCAGUAUUGCCCUGAUAUGUGGGAUCACUGUUUCCUACAUGAUAUAUUGACUGGUACAGGCUGAGGAAUAACAACAACUUGCGUCACUCUAUAAAAAUGUCAAGAUACCAUUAUUAGGAGAUGAAGAGGAGGGCUCUGAGGAUGAGGGCCAGGAUGAGUCCACGCACCUCCUUCCAGAGAGUGAGAAGGAACUGGAAAAGUUCAUUCAUUCAGUCAUUAGAUCAAAAAGAAGAAAACAUAUGGAAAAGAAGAGAUUGAACACAGAGCAAAAGUUGGGCAUUAAACAUUCUAUUGCAUUCCUCUGCCUUAGUCUUUUUGUUGCCCGGCACUGUAGGACUGCAAUCUCCCUGCAGCUGCCACAAGAGGUCGGCGGAGAGUAUCCUCACACGCGGCCUGUGGUUCUGCGGGAACUACAUUACCCAGAACGCUCCACGACGGGCGGCAGCGCCACUCAGCCAAUCAAAGUCUCAUAA